AGCCGAAAUAUCAUUGCUUCCAUCAGGUUGCGCGAUCUACGGAUGAAUUCUAACGUGGUUAUUUCUGCCAAGCCUCGUAUGCAAACAGCAUACAAUUCACUUUCAGCUGUUGAUUCCAAACAUCCUUCUUUUCCAUUUCCGCAACAAAAGACGAAGGGAGAUGGCUACCAACAAGAAAAAGACCCGGAAGCUCCGUGGACACGUUUCCCACGGUCAUGGUCGUAUUGGUAAGCACCGCAAGCAUCCCGGAGGUCGCGGAAACGCUGGUGGUCAACAUCACCAUCGCAUCAACUUCGACAAAUACCAUCCAGGUUAUUUCGGCAAGGUCGGCAUGAGGAACUUCCACGUGCACGCCAAUCAGCCUAACCAAUAUUGCCCCGGGGUCAACCUGGACAAGUUGUGGUCAUUGGUGAGCGAACAGACCCGUGUCAAGUACGAGAAGAACACGAAGAAAGCCCCCGUCAUCGAUGUGUCUCGCGCUGGAUUCUUCAAGGUCUUGGGCAAGGGCAACCUUCCCAAGCAGCCCGUGAUCGUCAAGGCGAGAUUUUUCUCGCGAUCUGCUGAGGAGAAGAUCAAGAAGGUCGGCGGCGCUUGCAUCCUCACCGCUUGAAACGUCCCUCAGUGAAUAUGUCGAAGAAAAAUGUUUCUGAUAAUACAGAGUUAUCUGACA